AAGGUAAAUGAAUUACUGGGGAGAUAAGGAGGAGGAAGAGAGACAGAAAGCUGAGGAUGCAGCCUGCCUGGAUCCACAGCACACAACGCAAGAGCAGCUAGAGCAUCUCAGUGAAACACAACUUCAGUGGUCUCACCAUCAGCUUCACGACGAGGAAGAGAUGCGUUGAUCCAGCAGCACCCCCCACGGUUCCCCCCACCCCGCUCUACAUUCUCGUCCUCCUCUACCUUUUUUUUUUUUCUCCGCCCAUCUCCAACGAGGAGCAUCCCGCGCACUGAUAUUUUUUUUAUUUAUUUAUUUUUUUUACUCCGACCGACGGCCAGGCAAUUUCAAAGAGAACUGACAAAAAGCCAGACACGAUGUGUGGAAAUUCCCGCUGUGGGACAGCCGUGGGAUUUAUGGUACUGCUGAACGCGUUGCUGAUAUUUGCGACGCAGGCUACAGAAGGAGUCCUGACGGACCACCUUUUGGUUCAGUUGCAUGAGGACGCGCAGGAUGAGGCGCACCAAGUUGCAACACAACAUGGGCUCCAGAGUGCACGGAAGCUUCCCUUUGGAGAUGGCCUGUUUCACUUCUAUCCUCAGGAGACUUCAAAGAGGCGAAGCAAACGCAGCACUCGUAUCAAACAGAGCCUCCAAAAAGACAGAAGGGUAAAGAAAGUCUUCGAACAGGAAGGUUUCAGUCGUCAGAAGCGAGGCUACAGAAAUAUCAAUGAUAUUGAAGUGAACAUGAGUGACCCUCUGUUCACCAAGCAGUGGUACCUGAUAAACACAGGGCAGGCAGAUGGGACCCCCGGGUUGGAUCUAAAUGUGGCUGAAGCUUGGGCACUGGGGUACACAGGCAAAGGAGUCACCAUCGCAAUCAUGGAUGAUGGUAUCGACUACCUACAUCCAGACCUGGCAUCAAAUUAUAAUGCCGAUGCCAGCUACGAUUUUAGCAGCAACGACCCGUUUCCAUUUCCACGAUACACAGAUGACUGGUUCAACAGUCAUGGCACACGAUGUGCUGGGGAGGUCUCUGCGGCAGCCAACAAUAACAUCUGUGGUGUGGGAGUCGCCUACAACUCCAAGGUGGCAGGCAUCAGGAUGCUGGACCAACCUUUUAUGACUGAUAUCAUUGAAGCAUCAUCUAUCAGCCACAUGCCUCAAGAAAUUGACAUAUACAGUGCCAGCUGGGGACCGACUGAUGAUGGCAAGACUGUGGAUGGACCGCGAGAACUUACAUUGCAGGCUAUGGCUGAUGGUGUCAAUAAGGGGCGUGGAGGAAAAGGAAGCAUCUAUGUAUGGGCGUCAGGCGAUGGCGGUAGCUAUGACGACUGCAACUGUGACGGCUACGCCUCCAGCAUGUGGACCAUCUCCAUCAACUCUGCGAUCAACGAUGGCCGCACCGCUCUGUAUGAUGAAAGCUGCUCCUCCACGCUGGCGUCCACAUUCAGUAACGGGCGAAAACGCAACCCGGAGGCUGGUGUUGCUACUACAGAUCUGUAUGGAAACUGCACUCUGCGUCACUCUGGAACAUCAGCAGCAGCACCGGAGGCAGCAGGUGUCUUUGCUCUGGCUCUUGAAGCUAACCCUAACCUGACAUGGAGAGACAUGCAGCACCUGUCAGUCCUGACGUCGAAGCGAAACCAGCUCCAUGACGAAGUCCACCAGUGGAGAAGGAACGGUGUGGGUUUGGAGUUCAACCACCUGUUUGGGUAUGGCGUGCUGGAUGCUGGGGGGAUGGUGAAAAUGGCCAACGAAUGGAAAACGGUUCCAGAGCGUUUCCACUGUGUAGCUGGGUCCAUCCAGGAAGUCCAUAAAUUCCAGUCUGGCAAUAAGCUGGUGCUAGCCAUUACCACUGAGGCCUGUCAGGGGAAGGACAACUUUGUCCGCUACCUGGAGCAUGUCCAGGCUGUAGUCACUGUCAACGCCACCCGCCGUGGAGACCUCAACAUCAACAUGACCUCACCGAUGGGCACAAAGUCCAUACUGUUGAGUCGAAGGCCCCGGGAUGACGACUCCAAGGUCGGCUUUGACAAGUGGCCCUUCAUGACCACCCAUACCUGGGGGGAGGACCCCCGUGGCACCUGGGUCCUGGAGGUGGGUUUUCGGGGCGAUCAGCCUCAGCGGGGGGUCCUCAAGGAGUGGACUCUCAUGCUGCAUGGAACACAAAGUGCCCCUUACAUAGACCAGAUUGUUCGUGAUUAUCAGUCCAAACUUGCCAUGUCCAAAAAGGAGGAGCUGGAGGAGGAGCUAGAUGAGGCCGUAGAGAGAAGUCUGAAGAGCUUGAUGAGUAAAAACAACUGAAAUCAAAAUGGCAUCUGCAUGUUGCCAAUUGCUUCACUUUUCCCUGUAUUUUCAGUCUCGCUCUCUGCCCACAGUAUCACUACAUCACUUUGUUUUGUUCAGUGUUUCCUCUCUUUUGUCUCCUGCUCUGCCUCUCUCCUUUCUGCUUUUUUGUUACCAAGAGUUUCCCUCAGACACCUUUGAUGAAUGUUUCUCCUAACAAUCAUGACAAAAGUAUAUCCCUCCAUUAACUGUUGUAGAGAAAGCAAAACUAUAUCGGCAGAAUUUGACAUUGCAAUGAAUUGUACAUAUACCAGAUAGACGCCAGCGUUUCAUGCUAUCGCUUUCAUGCCCUGCACCUUUCUUCUGCCAAAUGUUGUACAGUUUUUUUUUUUCUGUGACUGUAAAUGAUUUUCUGUCUCAUUCUACUUAAACUUUAAUUUCAUCGCAAACAUAGCAGUGAUACUUCUUUCCGUCUGUAUUUUUGUGGUUUUUUUGUAAUCAAGGAAAGGAAUGUGUAAUUUAUUUUGCAGAGUGCGGUCAUGAGUUCAUAUUUCAUAACCUUUGACGUAUAUGCUAUAAUAAACCUAUUCAGCUAUUUAUUAAA